GGGGAAGGCGCUACGGGUCGUCGCGAUGAGUUUGAUGACGGUAGCUUGAGCAAGAGCACCUCUUUGGGUAGCGGUAUCUUUUCAAACGGAAUCGUACCGGCGUCGUCUUCUUCGAUGUGGUCUUCAACGUCAUCCUUAUGGGUACCGUGGUCAACCCAUCUUUUGCAACGGCAUCCUUGAGCCGAAUCCUUUUUGGGACAAGCUCAGAGAGGCUCUAUCAGAUAGGUCGUCGGUACCUCUAACAUCCUCUAGCAAUCAUUAUAGAGGAGCUACUUCGUCCGACUUCUGCAUGGAGGAAGAGAGUUGGGUUACACUGUGCAUAGUUUGGACCGUUUCUACGGUCUACGCCUUACGUGCCUCACGCCUGCACCUUCGUAGCACCUUGGAAGCCGUGGCUGUGGAUCUUCUGGAACAAACUUCAGUCGAAAACUCUUCUUCCAGUGCUGGAAUUGGUCCGAGAGGUAUCAGUACAACAUCGACCGGCACAACGACGUCUAGAAGUAGAACUAGCAAAAACUCCACUAGUAGUAGUAUAGCAAGGGCUAGCACCACUAGAAACAAGAACCCCAAGGAGUUGCUAGAUGUCCAGUUGCCGUGUUUGUGUCAGGCUUUCUGCUUUGACUAUGAUGUUAAGGCGCUGAAGCAUCCUCAGAGACUAGUACUAUCGCUAAUGCAUGAUCUUCCUCAGCAUCAUCGAUCCUUGCUUCUUUUCCUGCUUGAAAGAGAAGCCAAGAAGUAGGAUGCUCUCUUCAGAGAUGAAGAAACGGUACGACAUUAGAGUCUAAUGAUGAGGUGUUACUGAAUGCAGGGAAGAUGUGCGAGACUAUCCAGAGCACCUUGGAGUUGUGGUCGAAACGGCAGGAGAGACACCAGAUUCCACUAGCUGUUUUACGCGAAUGCUGGGGUUUUCAUGCGCACGAGGUGGUGGAAACGCUCUUCAGGGAGAAAAUUUCAGACUUUGAAAGGAAGAACAGUGAAGAGCAGUUUCAGUCAAUGUAUGGAUGAUGUUUUUUCUGCAUCUAUCAGACCAUCUAGGCUCCUCGUCUCAAGCUAUAGAUACUUACGUUUUUAAGGGAAAGGGGACGAAAGGGGUAGCCGUGAUGGUCUGCCUAGAUGGAAUAGACACCAUUCAUGCAAUGAAGGAAGCAGAGGAGCAGCUAGACGCAGUGUUGGGUGAGAUGCUGCAGUUUCUUGAUCCCCACUGGCAACUAGAUGCAGACUUGUGGACCUUGCAGUUGGCCUUGCACUGUUGCUGCUUGCGUGUUCUGUUGCAACAGUUGCCUCUCACCGCGUGGUCGUCAAAGGAAGCUGGGAAUGGAGGGCAGAACAAAGUCUCUUCUACAACGACGAAUGGAGGGCAGGAGGCAAAGCGAGGUGGACAAGAAGAGGCUGGUGCGGAUCUGCAAGUAGCACAAGAUAGAGAUGCAGCAAGAAGUGGAGCAGUUGUUCCACAAGGUGGUCCCAACGAAGAAGACCUCUGUCCUGCUAGUACCUCCACACAAGUGAGGACUUCAGAGGAGGUACGAGCACUGAAGAAUAAUAUUUAAGACUUGUGAUGCCGUAAUUCAUCUUAACAAGGUAAUUCACCUUAAGGGAACACGAUUUCAAGGGGAAUUCAUGUCAAAGAUGCACUUUAACAAGAUGAAUAAAUACUUAGGUCAGGUCUAAAACAUGUUGCCACCUGAGCUUCUAGCGGCUCCCCGUCAAUGGGCACAAGCAUGGGUCGAGAAAGAACUCGCUAGACUCUUGGCUGACGAAAAUGAAUCUUCUUUCCACGAUUUCGUUACCGACGCGAGCGGCAGGGCUAAACGGGCACUCGGACUAGGCUUGCCUCCAAGAGAAAGACUUUUGUUAUGAUCCAUCAACGUUAACAUACUUAUUCGACUUCGAGGUUAGUACUUUGCAAAUACAAGAAAGAACUUCGUAAAGUAGUCGCAACAUUAUCAUGACUCAUCAUGACUACUUCUCUGUAUCCCAUAACAACUACAUCUUCAAGAAUUCUAAGUUCACGUGCCUACCUUGGACUCGACAGUCGUGCAGUGUUCCCGACUACGUUGAAGCUGAGUAAAAACGUGUCGUCCUAUCUGCAAGCAGUGCUAGUGGGCUGUUUCAUCGAGGCUGCGCCUGACGCCGGAGCCGCGCUUGACGUCGUGAAGCAAAUGCACUCACUAGCCCAGCAAGUCUCGUGUCUCGCGGAAUUGCAGCCAGCGCAUGAAACAAACACCAAUGGUACAGCAGAACAAGAGCUGCAAAACAACCACAACUUUAUUCACGGAAAAGAUGGCACAACUACAACAUCUGCUAGCACAACCACAUCGGCCACAGCAAAACUGUGGGCUGCUGAUAGAGUAUCUACCUGUGCGAUGUUCUACUUUGCAGUUUACACAUUCUUGCGCUUCCACAUCCUUUAUUGUGCUGAUAGUGAAAACUCAUCAAACUCUUCCAUUCGUGUACAACUUCUGCGAGAGUUGGAGAAUUGGCUCUUCCCCACUCGUUUUCCAGCGGAUCCCAAUCUUAGGACUGUGCAUCGCUUCGAUACAACUUCGAAUACAUCUUCUACUUACUCAACAUUGUUCUUUAGGAGUUGUUUUAGCUUGUUAGUUAUGUGAAGGAACACAUCUUCAUCUGCAAUAUCUUCAACCUCAAAGUGUCUUUGUUGACCCUCCGACUUCGGCGUCACUGCCACAAGCCAAGAACCUUGCUCGAUUCUAAUAUCCCACGUACGGAGAGUCCUCUGCGCAUAUCCUUUAGAGAACGGGUGACCAUUUACCGCGAAGGCUAUCUCUCGGAAUCCGAUUUCCAAGAGGCAGUGGUGAGUCCUCUGAUGAGUCAAGAGGUCAUGGGGGAUCAAGAAGAUCAAGAUUCAGGAUUGGACAGAAAAGAGUCGAAAGAUGAUCAGUCAAGAACAAGAACUUCUGGGACGGCAAGUGGGCGAGACGGAGGCGGCUCUACUGUUACAAGAAGUUUGGGCGCUGAGGCUGACAGUCUUUUUGGCCCUCCAGCCGACGGUUCACCAGAAUUCGUUUGGGAAGCAGCUUUAGCGUCUACGUCUGCGCCUGCCUUUGGGCGACGGCAGCAUGCGAAUGACUCAGUCGAUCUGGUACUGCCAAAAAUGGCUAAACCUAUGGCACCAAGUAAUUUGAUCUAUCACUUCAACCUAACCUAACCCUCGUCCUUGGAGAUUUACUACACUUGAUCCUCGUUUAUCACUCUUCCCUUUCUUCGACUUACUACCUUACACGCAUUAAAAGUAAGCGCUUGUGACCUAUUUACAGAUCAAUGACCUCGGGUUCCACCUUGUUGGACUCUGAGACUAUGAACUUAGACGAUGGACCACUAUUGUGAGCUCUAAUAAGCGGUUUGAUUGGGUUUGGCGCUCGCUGCCUUGGAGUAAGGGUUUUAAACUUCAUUGGUGUGCACUCUUGGCGGUCGAAAGAGAGCAGUCCAAGAUUGCGAUAGCACCGGAACUUCAAUGAAUCAAAAUAACGGUGCGACAUGAGGGUUUUGAUGUUUGAUGUUUAUAAGCAAGAGCAUUUUUCCUAUGACGACGAGGCAGAAUACGUUUCAUUCUUUCCUAUGAGCAAGAAUUCACUUACACUUUCAUUUUACAGCUUUUUCUACAAACUACAAAUUUGAAUUUCUAGGAAGAC